GUCCUACGUCACUCGGCCCUCCCUGUCUCAGCAGCAGCAGCAGCAGCAGCAGCCCGACACAUAGCAGCACCGCCGCGGCAGCAGGUCCAGAGAGGCGGAAGAGACUCAUCCCCACCUCCAGUCCAGGCCCAGUGGAUCGAUACCCAAAACCCAGCCCGCGUCGUUAGGCCUCACUCAAGCGAUAGCCUUGAAUUAUCUGCUCUAUACUCUGCGAUUUGUGAGCGGCAGAGGACUCGAAAUGCUUCAAUGUCUGAGUAGCAGUUCGUGUGUGCGCCUGGUCCAGACUCAUAGGUCGACAUGGUAUUUUUUAUUUCUAGUGUUGGGUUAUUUUCUGUAUCUAAUCUUCGGCGCGGUGGUGUUCUCCUCGGUCGAGCUGCCGUACGAGGACCUCCUGCGACAGGAGUUGCGGGCGGUCAAAAAGCAAUUCCUCCAGGAGAAUCCGUGUUUGUCUGAAGAUCGGCUGGAAAAGUUUUUAGAGAAAGCCCUGGAAGCCAGUAAUUAUGGGGUGUCCGUCCUCAAUAACGCGUCGGCCAACUGGAAUUGGGACUUCACCUCUGCGCUGUUUUUCGCCAGCACCGUGCUGUCCACCACAGGCUACGGCCACACCGUGCCGCUGUCCGACGGCGGCAAGGCCUUCUGCAUCAUCUACUCGGUGAUGGGCAUCCCCUUCACCCUCCUCUUCCUCACCGCUGUGGUGCAGAGGAUCAUGGUCUUCAGCACGCAUCGGCCCGUCAUGUACAUCCACACCCAGUGGGGUCUCUCAAAGUCCUUCGUGGCCGUGGUCCACGCCACCCUGCUGGCCACCGUGGCCGUCACCUGCUUCUUCUUCGUCCCCGCCAUCAUCUUCUCAGCGCUGGAGGGCAACUGGAACUUCCUGGAGUCCUUCUACUUCUGCUUCAUCUCCCUCAGCACCAUCGGCCUGGGAGACUACGUACCGGGAGAGGGGUCCAACCAGAGGUUCAGAGAGCUCUACAAAGUGGGCAUCACCGUGUACCUUCUGCUGGGGCUGGUGGUGAUGCUGGUGGUACUGGAGACCUUCUGCGAGCUGCAGCAGCUGAAGCAGCUGAGGAAGAUGUUCUACCUGAGGAAGCAGAAGCCCCAGGACCGCCUGGCCAUCCUGGAGCACGACCAGCUGUCCUUCACCACCACCGUCGUCGCCACUCCGUCGUACGAGGACAAAACCCGCCACUUUCUCGGUGUGCCGGUGCUGACCUCGCCCGGGGGAGACGACCCGAUGAUCCAGUAGGGGGCGAUGUACGACCGGCAGGCUUCUUAGUUUUUACGUUCAUGACGGUAGGAAUAGCAGAUACUAGCCAGGUGUUCAUAUAAUGGAUAUUGUAUCACAGUGGUGUGCGUUUUACAAUAGAAUCCCACGGCUUUGACACUUUGAGUUGCGGAUACUUAUUAGUCUUUUGUUAUUUAAAUGGGAAACCAGAAGCAGCAUAAGCACAUCUUCAUGGAAUUGUAACCCUGGGAAUGUCUGUUUCGUGGAUUUCCUUUGUGUCCACAGGAAGGCUUCAUCAUGAGGUUUGAAAGAGGAGUCUAGAUGAGCGGGCUCAUUUUAUGCAUCAGCCGCGCUAACUAAAAGGAAUUCAAUAGAAUUAGAGAAUUUGAAACACUAAACAUAUAGAAUAUAGUCCAUUUUAAGGGAUAUUUCACCGCUAGGCAAGUCUACAUGUAAAAUAAUGCGCACGUACACUGUAUAGUUAUUUACACACUGAAAGACGAGAGACGUGACAAACUGUACUUUGUGUUUAUUUAAGAAUAAAAGGGGCACAUUGCAUUAAUUUAACUUUUUUCAUAACCACAGCUUUUAUUGUAGGUCAUUUCAUUAUUUCUUCAAUGCAUAGUUCAAAGUAUGAAGUUGGAUAACAAUUUUGCGAUAGUGCUAGUAAGCUUACCAAAUGUAUUCACCUAUUAACUGCCAAUUGAAUCUUAAUACAGGGUCAGUACACUGCUUAAGUCAGGAGCAAUUAAUCAACUCAAACUUUAAUUUAAGCAAUUGGUACUUAUAAUAGUGCUAUAAACAUUUAAAUGACACGUAAAUGCCAAUUAAAGGGAAAUAACUUGACCUAUACUUAUCUGCAGAAAUAUUGUUGGCCUUUUUAUAUGUGUUCAAAGUUCUGGAUAAACACCACAGUCACAUUAUGAAUUGUAAGGUUUAUGGGAUGUUGAAAUGAGUGGUGAGACAAUUUCAAUAAUGUUCAUUAUUUAAGCACAAUAAUUCACAUGAUGUAUGUGAAAGGGUUUUGUGUAUAAAUGAUGAAGAGAGUGGCCCAGUGUCAAAAUGGAAAAACUUGUUUUCUCUUUAAUGCUGAGAGUUAUAUGUUGUGCUCUCGACAGGAUAGUAUUUUAUUUAGUUGCUCAUUUAUAAAAAGGUAAACAACCUCAAUUAAAACUAUUUUUUCUAAUUGUGAAAGGAAAGAAUAUUUUUUUUUACAUGUCUUAAGGGAAAUUUGAAAAAGGGAUAUUUUGUAUGUUAUGGCAUCAUUUGCAUUCAAGGGAAAAGCGUGCAUUAAAACUUGAAAGUAAUAAUCAAAAGUCAAUUAGAAGUCAAUCACAUCUUCUUUUGAACCGUCAAAUGUUUGUUUGUUUGUGUCUGUAUGUUUAUUUAAGAGUUAGACAUCAGGGAAAGUAAUUAUGUGCAAAUAAAUGGAAAGACUGUCUGUAUGCAUAUCUUUAAAUCGUGGAAUUUCCAGUCAGAGAAAUACAUUUUUGUAGAAAAGUAGAGGAGCAUGUUAGAAUGCUUGCCCUCCCUCAUCAUUCCUGUUUCAGUUGGAGGUCAAACAUUGCACACGGCUAUGCUGCAGUUGUUUUGUUGUAGCGUGAACUCAGCUCUGAAUACUGUUUGCUGAAUACAUGGUGUCGUCGCUCUGAUACAUUAGUACUGUAGCUGUUGAAAUGCUCUUGAGUCUGAAUGGCAGCAGACGCGCUGUGUCACCUUGAUGUUCUACAGGCCUGCUUUAUUUGGAUCCGUUGAUGUUGUGUUUGUGUUUAAGACUUAUGGUUUGUAGGUAGACGGAGGUGCUGUGAAUCCAUGCCAUAAAUGUUCUUUAAGCACCAACUGGAUGUCUGUUAUGUGGAGGGCCAUUAUGGGUCUCAUAUAGUGCUUUACAUACCACCAACCUUAAAAUAUGAGGCAUAUGCAUUGGUACGAUUUGGUGCAAGUUUUUAUUGUCGCGAUAAGAAUUGUUUUAUCGGUUUGUGGAUCAGAGUAGCAUAUGCAUCUGCAAACAUUUCAGCUGUGUUAGAUAUACUUUCAGUGUUUGUCGUUGUGGAGUUAGUCUUAAAAAGAUGGACAUCUGCAUACAGUGAUAAGUAUAGUAAGACACUGCAAUAUCAUUAUUGUUCAAAUAAAAAUGUACAGGACAUGGAUAGACAAAAUGUGAAUGCAAAUAGCUUAAGUAAAAUACAAUAAAAUGAAUUGAAAGAU